AUGGUCCACGCGGAUGCAACACACUUUGGCGCCAACGUCAGCAAGCAAGAUGCCUACGAGCAAGUUAUUGAACAGUUACAGAGUCUAAUGGAUGGACAGAAGAACUGGAUCUGUAACCUAGCGAACGCCGCGAGUUUACUUUGGCACGGCUUGAAGGCUUUGCCGGAACCUUCGAAUAGAGUCAAUUGGGCGGGGUUUUAUGUUCGAGAUGGGCCGGAUAACUUGAUUCUGGGACCGUUCCAAGGAAGGGUUAGUAGAUGCUAA